AUGGAUUCUGCUGUGUUGGAUAUGGAUACCAAGAAACCAUCUACAGGUACUACCAGGAAAAAAAGUAAAAAAGCCUGCAGCUCUUCCAGCCAAAAGACUGAGAGGUCCUCUGACUGCCCAGUUUUUGCUACAGCUUUGGAUAACAGCAUGAAAAAGAAAAGUAAUUUUGAAUGUAGUGAGGCCUCUGCUUCUUUUAGGGUUACAAAAUGGUCCUUAUCCUCUAAAAGCUCUUGCCAGUUGGAGGCAAAGUAUUUGAAGUACAAAGCCAGGAAUAAGGCUGAAGGCAUGAGCCAUAUGGCAUAUGAAAAAGAUGAACCGGAUUUGCCGAACAGAGAUUUCGAAAGCUUGUCUUCUGGGGAUGAAACUGUUGUGCGAUAUUUGAAUGACCAACCAGCAAUCGAUGCCUUGCAGAACUCAGAUCCUUUCUUUAAAAGUGUAACAUCUACAAGAUCAAAAGAGGAAAAGGCAGAGGGAUCCGGGGAUGAGUAUGCUAAAAGGUCUCUAAGUAUCACAAUUCCAGAUGCUGAAAUGAGAGACCCUCAGUUGGUCGAAUCUUCAGCUUCCUCUUUCAGUACCUCCAGUACUCACAGGCUAGCUAACUUAAAGCGUCACCAGCAUGAUGCUAAGCUGGACAAACUGAGGGAACGUGUUAAGAAGCAGGGGGGAUUUCAAAAAGACCCGAACAGCAAAGGACAGUUUUGGGACUAUGUUGAUCAUCCAGUGAUUGUUGCAGCUUCAGAGAAUCCCAUAACACCUAAAGCCAGAAAAGUGACAGCUGAUGCACCUCCUACUCCAGCAUAUAAAGGUUUCAGUCCAUCAGAAGCCAAGAUUGAGACUCCUGAUACAAAGGUAUGGUAUGAAGAAUUCCUCCGUCUCAGCAGAGAGCUCUGUCAAGACUUGGAACGCCAAUUAGGAGAGGAUUCUGUUCUGAAAGACAAGCCAGCUAAAAAAGGGAAGAAGAAAAAGGCAACCAGAACAGUACGCAAAGUCCAGAAAGUGACAGCGCAACCAGGAAGUGAUUCCAAACCAGGAAGUUUCAGUAUAAGUGUAUCAUCCUGGCGUGAUGGGAAAAGACUGGCAAGGAAGAUACUUGGUCCAGCGCCUAAAGUAAAAAAGCAGACACUGGCUUCCAUUGAUGAAAGCUGUAGUGAUAAAUCUAUUAAAUCUGCAUCUUAUAUGGAGAAGAUAGGCUGUAAUCCCAUGCAGGAUGAAGCCACAAAAUCCCCCUUAAGAAAUCCUAAACGGUCUUGGAGUAAAAUGAGAAGGGAAAACAGCUUGAGGAAGAGAGAUGCUGCUGUUCAGGAUACUGAACAGAGAGACCACCACAUAAAUGAAGACCGCUUGUCAAUGGAUAUCCAAGAUAUUCUUGAUGACCUACAAGUGGCUUCUGGGACUCAGACUUGUACAAAUCAAGUGACAGAUGAAGAAAAUCAGAAUUCAGAAGUGCCUGCUGCAUUUCCAAGGAGCCGCAGACCAAUGAAGAAAAAAAGAGACAAACUAGCUGCUAACAAAGAGCCUCAAGUGGCUUGUAAGAAACGCCACUAUAAUGCAGAUGAAGUUCGCCAGUAUAUUUUUAAACAGAAACAGGAGAGGAAGAAGAGGUGGGGUGAACAAAAGAAAGCGCAGAAGGAGGCAAAAUCGCAGAGAAACAAGAGACUUCAGGAACUGUAUAAGAAACAGAGAGAGGCUCUUACUAAUAAGCAAAAGAGUGCAUCAUCUCCUGUGCUAGUCCCCAAGCGAUUACAAAAGACUUAUUCCAAAUUGUUCCUCAACCAAGUCUUGCUGGUGGAGACACUCAUACAGGAUCCUGACUCUGGACAUCACCCAUCUGAACUUUCUAACAAAGAGGACAAGGUACAAGGGCAUCCAUCUAUUGCAUCCUCCAAUAGUGAUAUGUCUCUGUCUGAACCUCAACAUUCUCUUGUUAGGGGUGAUCAGUUGGCACCUUUGUGGAUUCAGCCAGAUAAAGUGAGUUCAGAAUCCCAGCUUGCUUUCCCACACCCUUCUACUGACUUCAGUAGAGGUGUCUUUUCGCAGCAUUUGUCCUUGGAUCACACGAGUGUCUCGCAAAAGGACUUUGACUACACAUUAUCUACCAGAAACCACAGCACAGCUAUAGGAGUCUUGCCCAUGGCAUCUCCACCAAUUAAAUCUACUCUACAGUCCACAAUGAAUCAGCAUAAAGGUAAUUUGAACCGUCUUGAAGCCCUGAAAGCAACAGCAGCUUCUUUGUCAAGCAGAAUUGAAAGUGAAGCCAAAAGGUUAGCUGGAAUCGGCAUGGAUUAUGGAGCAGUGUGUAGCUCUGGACAAAACUUGGUGCAAGGAAGUCAGGGUGAUGGCUACUGGGCAAAGGCCAGCAGUCCCCCUGUGAGAGAAAAGAGUAAUGUUUUCUCAGCCACUCUUCCGAAUAUGUUGAGUACUUGUGUGUCUCAGCCAAAUUUUGACAGUCACUUCCCUGGACUGGAAAAUUUUGGAGUGGGAAAGACCAUCAGCCCUCACACUACUGUUGCCAUCAGUCUUCCACACAAGCACACAUCUGAAGGAAUAGCAGGAAACCUAUCCGAGAAGCAAAAUUCUCCUAAUGUGGAAAGUAUUGUCAUUCCCUGUGACUGUGGUGUACAGUUAAUAACUGAGCAGUGUAGUGUACAGUCAGUAAGUGAGCAGUGUAGUGUACAGUCAAUAAGUGAGCAUCUCCUCUCUGAGGAGGAUGGAAGCCAGCAUGAGCAUUUACCUUUGAAGAUAACCAUAACGUCAAAGGGAAACGAGGACUGUGUUGCAAGUAAAAUUGAUGAUGAGCCCACAGAACAAUUUCAGAAGGAGGCAGAAAAUAAUUUACCUGUUUCUGCACAAUUGAGGAGUACUUUAAGUCCCUGGGAAGAAAUCGCCAAAGGAAGUCCGCAUGCUGUCACGAACACCUUCACAAAAUCAAAUCAGCUAUGUGGGCAAGGAUUUGAGGAAUGGUCAGGGCAAGGAUCACCAGUCCAGCGACCUUCACUUCCAGUAAUGAGCCCUCCAGCUAGUAUUGUUUCAUAUGAGGAUGACUUCAUCUCAUCACAAGAUAGUGGAAUGGUGACAGACAAAAAGACAGCGGUUGAGCCCAGUGUUUGCAGCAGCAUCCCAAACCCGAAAGAACAGUUUAUCAACAGGGAAUCACCUUAUGAACUACAGGUUAAAAAGUUUACCCGCCAUUGCUCAGGAACUCCAUCUUCCAGUUCUUGCUCAUCUUCAUAUUCUAAAAGAAGAAGGGAAAAGGAAAGACUGGACUCUUUUACUGGUGUUUCAUGUUUCUCUUUGUGGGGAGAAAACAGUAGAAUAUCCAGUAGCGAACAAGUACAGAAGCCAGACUCUGACAACACUUUGGAAGAACUUUCUGAUCAUUCUUUGAUGAGUCUCCCAGAUAAAAUAAGGUCACCAAGGACUGCAAGCUGUCCUCAGUCUCCAAGGGUACAGAAAGAGCUGGAACCUGUCAAAGAACAACCCAGGCUCUCUUCAAGAUCUCAAGCAACUACACUUCCUGGAUUCAAGCCAAAGCUUGCUUUCUCUGAUAUGAACCUUGGAGCCAAAAGGACUGGGACAGGUGUUGUGAGUGAUUCCAUGCAUUUCUCCCCUGCUGGCCUCCAGCAUAAAAUAUUAGAAGAGCUUCACUACUUAAGUACCAUUAAGGAGUCUCUACAGCAGCUUUCGUAUGUGAAACGAGUGCCGGGCAUAUCACUCGUACAACAAGAAGGCAUUUCACUUGCUCAAAUACUAAUGGCCCAGCAAAGGCAACAUGAGUGGGACUUGGCUCUUCUGAAACUCAAAGCAGAGCAAGAGACUUUGGAAAGUCAGAGGCAACUGAAAGAAAUACAACAGAAAGCAGCUCAGGCCCAUGAAGAAUCACUACAAGAAGUGCAGUCCCAAGAAGAUGCAGCAGAGGCUCUCCUGGAGACUACAUGUAAGAUAGCAGCUCAGCAGGUAGAGGCCGCUCUUCUCACCACAGCUGCUGCUUGGCAGAUCCACAAGCUGACAGAGAUAGCAUGUGCCCAGAACCCAGAUGCAGUCACUAUUCCUGCAAAUCCAGUUCCAUUGCUAUUGGACCAAAAGCAGAAGCACCGCUCAACAUUCAUAAAGAAAGUAAAAGGUCGUUCUGAUAUAAGCAGGAAAACAGAAUCUGUUACUGCUUCGCAAAAUAAAGAGACAGGUGACUCAAAGCAUCCUUACUCUCCUUCAUUUGAUUGUUGUUCAGAAUCAUCAAGAUCAGAGGCACACGAUGAGAGCAGCAGCAGCAGCAGUCGCCAGGGAAGUCCAUUUGUUCCAUUUUCCAUGGAGACCAAAGCAGUUUCCUAUCGUGAAAAAUCCAAUGGUUCUAUUGAGGAAGAAAGUCUGACAGCUGUGAACGAUUCCCUACAGAGUAAUAGCGUUCCAUCCAGCCCAGACAAGAGAGAUCCACCUUCUGUUGCAACAGAAUAUUCCCUGAAAUUUGAUUCCAUGACAGAAGAUGAGAUGGAAGAGGAAUCCUUCCGGUCAUUGCUGCCCUCUGAGAGUCACCGCCAGAUCAACUUGAAGAAACAAGGUCACUAUUCUGAUCAGGAAGCCUCUUCUAGAAAGAUGCCCUUCUCAUCUGUCAAGGAGCUGAACCUACCAUUCUCAGGAGGUGAAGACAGUUUUUCCAAAUUCACAAUGGAAAUGGUGCAGCAAUACAUGAAAGAAGAAGAAAUGCGGGCAGCUCAUCAGUCCUCACUCCUCCAAUUGCGCAAGAAAGCGCUGAAAGCGAAGACCAAGGCUGAGCUAGCCUGGCUACAGCACCAAGAAAAGCACUUGAGAGACAAAGGAGAGGAUGACAAGAUGCUACCUAUCCGAAAGAAGCAGCGUAGCCUGAUUCUGAAGCUGCAGCAGGAAAAGGCAGAAAUUAAGCAUCUCCAGGAGGCUAAUAAAGCUGCCCAGAAAGAGAGACAACUGAUCUUCAAGCAGCAAGAAGAGAUAGAGCGAAUAUGCCAAACUACUAUGAAACUGCAAGAAAAACUAAAAGCUGCAGGGGAAAAUAAGCUGGAGCAUUUUAGUGAAGAUGAUGCAAGACAAACUCAUUCUUCCAGCCCGCUGCCGGUGGAUGCAAAGACCUGCAGCCCUUCUUCUAUCUCUAGCGAUGAGACUCGUAGCAUCAUGCAGAAAUUAAAGAAAAUGGGCAACCUGGUGGACAAGAAAUUCUUAGCAAACCGAGAGCAAAAACUGAUGCAGCGGCGCCAGCAUGCUGAAGAACUGCUGCAGUGGAAAUGCCGUCUAGAUGCAGAAGAAGCAGAGGUUCAUCAGAUAGAGAGACAUGCCUUGGCUGCUUGGGGCAAAAAAGUGCUGGAAACCAAAGCAAACAAAAUGGCAGCAGGAGACCAGAAUGAUCAGAAAGAAACAGCCAGUGAAGAGCAUUCUUCAGUGCUGCCUUGUUCUCACUUCAGCAGCGGAAAUUCUGUCCCAGAAAAACUGGGCAAUCUAGCUGUUGAGCUGAGCCCAUUAAAAGUCUCUGAGGUCCAAGGGCAGUUGGGAAGUCCAGAUCACACCGCACUUAUGGAAGAAGUGGUUUAUAUGCAAGAAAUUGAAUCUUCUGCCUCACCUGGAAAGCUUUCUCCUUCUAAAAGCAGCACAUCCUUGCCAAAACAAGGGUCCAGCAAACAGGCCCACAGAGCUAGAGGGCAGCAGCACUUACCAGCAAAAUCCCAGGAGGUAUCCUGUAGUUGGUCUGAUGAGUCAUUAUCCAUGACCCAGUCAGAAACCACAUCAGAUCAGAGUGACAUUGAAAGUCGAAUCCAGGCACUAAAGAAUGAAGUAAGGAGCAGAAAGUCUGUGGUCUGCCAGCUGAUAAAGGAGCAGAAAAAGAGGCACAGGGAGAGGUUGAAAGCCCAGGAGGCUAGCCUGAUCAAAAAGUUAGAGACUUAUGAUGAAUUUAUCAAGAAGACUGAAGCAGAGCUGAGUCAGGAUCUGAAGGCAGCACCUACAGCUAAACUGCAAACUAAAACUCCACCUUUUGUUACAAAGAAACCCAAGAUCAAGCUGCCUCCACUCCAUAGACCAGAGACAACAAGAAGCUGGAAAUCACUAUCUGAUUCUGAACACUGCAAGGGGCCACUGGAGUCCAUAACAGAGCAUAAUGAUGCUAGAUCACUUUCUGAGAGAUCCAAAUCUUCAUACAGGAAGAAAUUCACUGAGGCCGAGAUUCAGACAGAGGAGGGCUUCCGGGCUCCAUCCCCAGUCCUCAAGUCUCCACAGAAAGCGAGAGGAGAAUCCGGUGAUUUGCUGAAUAAUUUCUCCCCCUUCGCUGUUCUCAAAGAUUUAAGAGACUUGAGAAAAACAUCCCAUGUGUCACGGAACACUUUUGAAGAUGCAGCAAGUUGUGAUAUCCAUGUUUCCACUAAAAAGUCUGUAGUACAAGAGGGGGUAGAGUCUCUAAAAUCAGGAGGCUCUGAGCCAGAUGAUAUCCACAAGUUUUCUGGAGGAUCCGAUGUUCCCACUUUGGACACCGGGGAAAAGAAGCAGGACGAGAAAUGUGCUGCAUCAGGCCAGUCCUCUCAGAAGCUGGAUAAGAUCUUGCUUUCAGAACAGCUGCCCACUUGCACAGAGCCAUUGUGUCCUAAUGGUUUUGAGAGAUCUUCAUCAAGAAAAGAUAGGUCAGACGAUGGGGCAGCUAAUAUUGAAUAUUAUGAGGAUGAUUUUGACACCUGUGUGUCCUCUCUUGGAAAAGACUCUUGGUCACACAAAGAGAAACUGUGUUAUACGAAAACUCCUAGAAGCAGGUCUGCCAGAAGUAGAAGUGAUGAGGAAGUAAGUGAAUGUUUCAGUGACAAAGCUCCGUCUAUGGCUUCUAGUGUUCCUUCAGAAAGCUUAUUAAUCCUGACAUUACCAACAGAACUGAUGAAGAGUAAAGACCACAGCGAUGUGGAGGGAGAAUCAGCUCAUCUUGAUUCAUUGCUUCGGACUUCCUCUUCCAAGACAGAAGAAGAGGAAAAUACCCUACAAGAUUUCAGCAUUGGGGACAGAGUCCUUGUCGGUAAUGUCCAGUCUGGGACACUAAGAUUUAAGGGCCUGACCAAUUUUGCUAAAGGUUUUUGGGCUGGUGUGGAAUUGGACAAGCCUGAAGGAAAGAAUAAUGGCACUUACGAUGGCAUUAAAUAUUUUGAUUGCAAAGAAAAACAUGGGAUUUUUGCUCCCCCGCGAAAAAUCUCAUGGAUUUCAGAGAGUUUGGGUGGCCUCAUGAACAUGGAGGAGCGCUCUUCCUGCAAGAUUCUGCUAGGUCACAACCACAAAGCAGAUCAGAAGGACAGAGAGAUUCCCAGAGAAGAAGAGGAGGAGAGUGAGGGGGAAAUUGUGAGUGAGAAAUCACUCCAGGAUAAAUCCCAAAGAAGUUCAUCUGUCCUAGAGGAUUCCAUAGCAGCUGGAGAUUAUUUAAGACUCAGAGCCCCCAAAAGCCAAAUUGUUGAAGAAGUCCUUGCUGAAGAACAGAGCACUAUAAAUUUUUUGGAGUCCCCGGCAGAUGACGGCUGGCUCUCUCCUGCCUCCAUUUCUCGUGCUCUCAGCAAAACAUCAGCUGUUGCAGCGGAAGGGGUCUUGGAUGGAAUCGUCCAUGAAGAAUGGAAGCAACAGCAGCCCUCUUGGCAAGAAUGUACUGAAAAGUCAGAGAGCCGUUCCCCGGGAGUGUUGGAGGAGUCUUCAGCUCCCCUCCUGCACUCGCUCAUAGAAGAAAGGAGCCAGUUAGAAGCCAGUUUAAGUUUCUCAUCCCACAGGGAAGAAGAAUCUGAAGAUCCACAGGAAGGAAUAGGCUCAUUGACCGGCAGCCUCCUGCAGGCGUUUGUGAAGGACACUGUCAGUCAGCUGCAGCAAAUCAGAAAAGUCAGGGAUGAAAAGAUUCAGGUUCGUAAUCAAGAGCUUGCUGCUGUCCAAGAACAGAGGUUGGCAGCUGGUAAUCUACUGAGCAUCUUAAUAAGUUCUCAGUUGUAUGAUGGAGAAGAAGCUUCCUCUCCCAACUUGUGUCCCAGACCUGAAAGCCCUGUAUUUGGUGCCAGUGAACAGGAAAAGCUUGCCAGGAGGCUAGCAGAGUUGGAGCAUAGGUUCCUGAGUGUGUUAGGAGAUGACCAAGAUUUGUUUGAUGAGGACUUUGGCUCAAGUUCUCACGAACUCCCUCUGAAGCAAGCUGAAGAAUCAGCAGCGUUGCCAAAGACAGAGACUCACAAAGUGUCCCCCAAGCCAUCUGAACAACCCUUCGCUGUCCUGUGCACUUCAAAGGAGGUGGAGGUCUUGGUGCAUGAGGCAGCUGAGGAACUAUGGAAGUGCCAAGAGGUGGGGCAUGAUCUUCAGGCUGCUGAUUUCCCCAGAGAUCCAAGUGAUUCCCCUAAAGAUGAUGACAUCAAAGCCAUGAACAAACAAAGCUAUAAACAGGCCAUGUUUGACAUAACAAGAGAGACUUUUGAAGAGCUCUUGGCAGAAGAUCCAGAUUCGAGCUGGCCUAUACGCAUGGAGCCCUGCAGGAUGACUUCUCCGUGCUCCCAUCAAGAAGAAUAUCCAAGUGACUAUGAGGACAUCAAGAACUUCGUAGCCACUAAGGUGCUAAAGCUGUUAAAUCUCAAAAAGGAGCCGAGCAACCGAGUGGACUGGCAGAAAAUGAUCAGAUUUGAAGAUAAAGAACACGACAGAGUCAAUCAGGUGCUGUUUCAGGAGCUGUACGACGAGGAAGCUCAGUGGAUGGAUUAUGAGGAUGAGGAGUUCAAUAUAAAGAUGGACCUGGCAGAUGAGAUUCUUGAGGCCUUAAUCAGAGAAACAAUUGAUGUCCUUAACCAGAUCAAAGGGAAACAGGACAGAUUGCUGCCCAUGUGACUUUCAGGAUAGAUAUCUUUGUCAUAGCGAUGCUGCUGCUGACACAUAAUAUGAUCUUAAACAUGGCUGAAAAGAGAGAAGAUGGC